CAAACUACACCCAGCAGCAGGAUCAGAGGGCAGCUCAUUAUUUUCCCCCAGCAUGGCCCGCUCCGCUUGGGCCAUCUGCUGCCUCCUGGGGAGCCUUCUGUUCCACGUGGGCAGCCCCAGCCCUGGUCCCAGCCCCAGCGUGCCUCGUCUGCGGCUCUCCUACAGAGAUCUCCUGUCUGCCAACCGCUCUGCUGUCUUUCUGGGCCCACGGGGCUCCCUAGACCUCCAAGUCAUGUAUCUGGAUGAGUAUCGAGAUCGCCUCUUUCUGGGAGGCCGAGAUGCCCUUUACUCUCUGAGACUGGAUCAGGCAUGGCCAGAUCCCCGGGAGGUCUUGUGGCCACCACAGCCAGGACAGAAGGUGGAAUGCGUCCGAAAGGGAAAAGAUCCGUUGACGGAGUGUGCCAACUUUGUGCGGGUCUUACAACCUCAUAACCGGACCCAUGUGCUGGCCUGCGGCACGGGAGCCUUCCAGCCAAUCUGCACCUUCAUCACAGUGGGGCAUCGAGGGGAGCAUGUGCUCCACUUGGAUCCCAGCAGCGUGGAAAAUGGGAGGGGGCGUUGCCCACACGAGCCCAGUCGUCCCUUUGCCAGCACCUUUGUAGGUGGGGAGCUGUACACCGGCCUCACUGCUGAUUUCCUGGGACGUGAGGCCAUGAUUUUCCGGAGUGGGGGUCCCAGACCAGCUCUGCGUUCUGACUCUGACCAGAGCCUCCUACAUGACCCCCGGUUUGUGAUGGCUGCUCGGAUCCCAGAUAACUCUGACCGAGAUGAUGACAAGGUGUACUUCUUCUUCUCUGAGACUGUCCCGUCACCAGAUGGUGGCCCAGGUCAUGUCACCAUCAGCCGCGUGGGCCGCGUCUGUGUGAAUGACGCUGGCGGUCAGCGGGUCCUGGUAAACAAAUGGAGCACCUUCCUCAAGGCCAGGCUGGUAUGCUCUGUGCCUGGCCCGGGUGGGGCCGAGACUCACUUUGACCAGCUGGAGGAUGUGUUCCUGCUGUGGCCCAAGGCAGGGAAGAACCUUGAGGUGUAUGCGCUGUUCAGCACCGUCAGUGCUGUGUUCCAGGGCUUUGCCGUCUGCGUGUACCACAUGGUAGACAUCUGGGAGGUCUUCAAUGGGCCCUUUGCCCACCGAGAUGGCCCUCAGCAUCAGUGGGGACCCUAUGGGGGCAAGGUGCCCUUCCCCCGCCCUGGUGUGUGUCCUAGCAAGAUGACCGCACAGCCAGGCCGACCCUUUGGCAGCACCAAGGACUACCCGGAUGAGGUGCUGCAGUUUGUCCGAGCCCACCCACUCAUGUACCAGCCUGUGAGGCCUCGGCGUGGCCGCCCUGUCCUGGUCAAAACUCACUUGACUCAGCAACUGCGCCAGAUUGUGGUGGACCGAGUAGAGGCUGAGGAUGGGACCUAUGAUGUCAUCUUCCUAGGGACUGAUUCAGGUUCUGUGCUCAAAGUCAUUGCCCUCCAGGGGAGUGGCUUGACUGAACCUGAAGAAGUAGUUCUGGAGGAGCUCCAGGUCUUUAAGGUGCCAACGCCCAUCACUGAGAUGGAGAUCUCUGUCAAAAGGCAAACACUGUAUGUGGGCUCUCCACUGGGCGUGGCCCGGCUGCAGCUGCACCAGUGUGAGACUUACGGCAGUGCCUGUGCUGAGUGCUGCCUGGCCCGGGACCCAUACUGUGCUUGGGACGGCUCUUCCUGUGCCCGCUACCGCCCCAGCUCCGGCAAGCGCAGGUUCCGUCGGCAGGACAUACGACAUGGCAACCCUGCCGUGCAGUGUCUGGGCCAGGGCCAGAGCCAAAACAAAGAAGCUUCGGGACUAGUGACCAGAGUCUUUGGCACAGAGCACAACAGUACCUUCCUUGAGUGCCUGCCCAAGUCUCCUCAGGCUGCAGUGCGCUGGUUCUUACAAAGGCCAGGGGAUAAGGGGAGCGACCAGGUGAAGACGGAUGAACGAGUUGUGCAGACGGCCCAGGGGCUGCUGUUCCGAAGGCUCGGCCGCCUUGAUGCAGGAAACUACACUUGCACCACUCUGGAGCACGGCUUCUCCCAGACUGUGGUUCGUUUUGCCCUGGAGGUGAUUGCGGCUGUGCAGCUGGACAGUCUGCUCCUUCGCGAGCCAAAGCUAGAGGUGCCCUCAGCCUGGGGAAGCCCGGCCUCUGCCUCACCCAAGACUUGGUAUAAGGACAUCCUUCAGCUCACUGGUUUCGCCAACCUGCCCCGCGUGGAUGAGUACUGUGAACGUGUGUGGUGCAGGGGCGUCGGGGAGCGCUCGGGCUCCUUCCACGGAAAGGGAAAGCAGGCGAAGGGCAAGAGCUGGGCGGGGCUCGAGACGGGCAAGAAGAUGAAGAGCAGGGUGCAGGCCGAGCACAAUCGGACACCCCGGGAGGUAGAAGCCACUUAGAAGAUGGUUGAGAAGGGGGUGGUCGGGCUGGGCCGGGGGACUCAACAGUAUCUCUCUCCCACCCAGCUAGGAAAGAGGAGUCCGGGACACCCGGUAACCUAUUAGAGGAAAUCUCUACCACCUACAGGAAAGACUGGGGGCUGGUGGGAGGGGCCUUGACCUCAGCCUAGCCCCGCCUUUCUCCGUGUUCUCAGUCCCAGGCUGGUGCUGGCACCUCCGGACCACUUGUAGUCCCAAGGGGCCUGCUGUUUGUUCUCAGAGAUGGUGUGGCUUCCGGAGCACACUUCCGGUUGUGCCCAGAGGCAAGUUGGGUGGGUCUUUCCCAGCUGGCUGAACAAUGGCCAUUCUGAGCGACCCUCGGAGUGGGUGUCUGGGUGGCGCUGAGGGGGUAUAUUGUCAGUCCACCAGAAGAGUGGAAGGUAGAUUCCUAAGGUAACCCCUGAUAUGAAACGCUUGCCCCAGCAGAGGUGUGAGAGAAGGUGGAGGCGCUGAGGAGCUGGGGCUGCUCCAUGCGUCUCAGCCCACCACCGCCUCAUACUCACUCACAGGCAAGACUUGCUGGAAGCUGGAGGUUGCCUGGGCCUGGCGUCCUUUUUAAACCGGGAAGAGUUGUCUCACAAUAUGAUACCCUUCCCCAGGUCCCAAAUUGUCAGGCCAGGCUUGCUGGGGUGCCUGCAUCUCACUAUCAGAGCUUCUUCCUGAGGACCAGGGGAAGGCUCUGUGGACCAAAGAGAGGAAGAAGAGGGCUGGAAGGGUAGGGGUGGGAAGCAUGGGCGACCUUCCUAAAGGUGAGGCCGGCACGCUCAGGCCUGUGAGGCUAGCAGUGGUCCCUGAAAACUGCAGCCAGUGGUUGGGACCUGCGUCCUGGGCUUUGUCUAGAGCUACAAGGAACUAGAGAGAGGUGGGUCCAUGGGUUCGUGAGCAGGCGUCCUCAAGAAUGAAAGUGACAUCGGUUGGUUCAGGAGCCACUGGGCAGACCUGCUAUUUCCAACCCUGGAGUCUCUAUUGAGAAUUGUCAUGGGAGUUCGUUUACAAGAUUCCCAUGUGUUUUGUGGUACUUGGGAUCAAAUCUAGGGGCCUCACGCAUGCUAGAUAAAUGCUCCACCACUGAGCUAAAGCCCAGCGCUCGCUCUCUCUCUCUCUCUCUCUCUCUCUCUCUGGGAGAAUGCGAAGUAGAAAGCUGGCAUGGUAAAUCCUGCUGCUCUGGGGGAUGGGGGAUGGGGCUGAGUGACAAGGGUUCAUCUGGCAGGGCCUGGGGGAGGGGCUUAGCCAUCGGUAGUUCCUGCAGCUGGGGAGCAGCAGAGAGGGAGGGGGAGGAGGACAAUUAAAUGAAAAGUUAUCCCCAGCCUGAGGGUGAAGAAGUUAGUGACGCACAAGAUGGACGUCUGUGCUCUCUCCUUUGAAAAGGGGGAAAAAAAGGGUGGAGCGGGGGUGGGGGAGACGAAAGAGUAAGAAGGAGCUUUGUGUGGGACAGAAGUUCAAACCCAAGGGCCUUGGGUUUUUUUCCCCUGCCCUGGCACCCCAGGGUGCUGAGAUCUGAACUUGCACCCUCUGCUUAUCUGGCAAACAGAAGCCCUGAAAUCCACCUGUGGAAACCCAAAUUCCUUCCUCUUGUGGCUGUGGUCCCUUGGGAUACUGGUGGAUGAAGGAAGGGGAGAGAGGAGUGGGUAAAAGCUAGAGAGGCGAUGGGGAGACAGAGGAGAGGAAAGGGGUGGAGGAGACCCUGAGAAGACACAUGGUGGCAACCUAGACCCCCAGUGGCAUUUGGACUGAGUCUGGCUUUGGCAAGCUCUGGGCAGGGUCCUCUAGGGAGAUGGCUCUGGAAAACACGGGAGAAGGGACUCAAUAUCCUAAACAAUGUAUCCCUGUACUUGGGAACAUAGGACAGCUCUUGCCCACUGCGGCCUUCCCCACGGUACUGUACUAUGAGCAUCCUGAAAAGGCCCAUAGGUGUGAACUGUAUCUGUGUUACCAUUUCAAAAUGGGCCUCUCGGCCUCUCGGUCUUCCAAGCAUACUUUAUUGAAAUUGCUGUUGAUAUUUGUUAUCGUGCUGCCCUUGAGUUCUGACGAGAAAAGCAGAGCCUAUAAAGAAAGGGAUGAAGAACUA